UUUCUGAUUAGCUUUGUUUUUAAUAGUAGCUGUUCCAUGUGUUCUGGAAUGACAGAAGCAGCCAGCAGUUGAAAAUUGAUUGGCCAGAUCCAUAGUAUCAUUCUGAGCUGGUGGUUGUCACUCUGAAGUAGCUUUGCCCAUUGAUGGUUAAUGCCAGCUUUUUGUCUUAGCAAAUCUUUUCAGGUAAUGGACUGAGGGACAGGGAGUGCAUAGCAAGUCUGCUGUCACAUGCAAAUAGGUGUGACUAAUUGUUUUUCUGUAGCAGUGUGUCCUUACUUGUUUUGGAUGGUAGCACAAAACCCCAAACCUUUAGUUAAACAUAUCCUGUAACUUCUCUGCAGCUCAUUAAUGUGACUGGCUAGAAACCUGUUUUGUUCUCAGUAUUUUUUGUGGCAUUUUGGCACAUCUUCAGUUCUUGAAUCAGUUUCUUUUGGAGCUUUAAAAAAAGAUUAAAACACCCUCUUAUAAGAUGUAAGAUGAAAAAAAAUUAGGAAUCAGUUGUAAAAGCAUCUAAAAUAAGCUUUUCGCUUUAAUUAUGUUUCUUAAGUUAAAAGUGUUUUAAAAUUAUUAGACUAUGGUUGUUAGUCUCUAGUCAUUAGCUGGUUUUGCAGUGAGAAAUGCAUAUGUACUUCUAAGUUUUUGGUGUUUUUUCUUCUCCCUCUAUAAAAUAUAGGUACAGCCUGACCCUGUUAAUUAGAUUCGGUUUGUAGUACCUUUGGAAUUAAUGGUGUUCUUUUAAGGAAGGGUGUCUCUUACUUGUAGUAGGUUCCUGGUGAGUGUCUUUGGACACUGAGUAGGACUGGUGCUGUAACUUACUUGCAUUUAAAGAGUUCUGUUGCUCUCUUUGCUGUAAGAUAAUGAUUCUCUGCUUUCUGCCCAGAUUUGGUUGUGACUUGGUGCAUGAGUCCAGUUGCACCUGAAAUAUCAAUAGUCUGCACCAGCUGUUCUGUAGGGUUUUGCUUUGGCUUUUCUUAGCUGUUGGUCACUGUAAAUGUGAGCACAUUUUACUCUCUUGGGUAGCCCCUGUGCUUCUGUUUAGUGUCUGGAGCUGUGGGGAGGGGUGGGGGAAUGUUGUAUUGCCUCAGGAUUUCCACAUCAGUGUGUGUCACUCAAGCCUACAGGCACACUGCUACACUAACUGGAUUUCCUUUCAUCAAGGGUAAAUACCACUCUAAGGCAGUUCAGCUUUUCCCUUUGUGUUUUGUAAGCUAAUUUUUUGUACUGACAAAAUUCAUACUUUGAAGAUACUGUGAAUUUUUUAAUUUGACAUAUUUAAACUAGAAUUUAAUGUCAGAAGACUUGAAAAAAUACUUAGAAGUCUAAAGUGAUAUCAGGUCUUGAAAUGUGAAGAUUUCAGUGAGGGCUAAAAAUCCAUGUAGCUCAAGGACUGGUGCACAGUGAAUAUCAUGUCUGAUGUUCAAAAUCUGUUCACUGUAGGAGGUGUGCUCCUUACUGUGUGUGUGGCUGGAAUCCUUGGGAGCAUGUCCCUAGGAGUGGUGUAGACUGUGAACACAAUAUUUGAGUACCUCAUAUCAAAAUAAGAAAAAAGAAACUAAUUAAUUCAUUUAAAACAUCUGGCAUGAGAUUUGAAGUCAUGCAUGCAAGUCAAGCAAGAAUAGAAUAACUGCCAUGGAACAUUGGUUUUAUGUGUUGAGAGGACAGGGAGAUGGGCCCAUGGGCACUGUGAUUAUCUUUAAAGACACAGUGGUAGGAGUUUAGUUUUCUGUCCCUGAACAUUUAUUUAUUGGACAGUGUGGGUUUUCAAUGUGAGUAGAUGCAACACUCAGACAUUUGAGUCCUGAAGUUUUUAAAAUAUACCUAAGAUUUGUCAGUGUUAAACCUUUAGUACUAAAGGGAUUGACUGAGAAGUUAAAGAAAUCCAAGGUUACUUCAUCCAGUUCUGGUAAAAUCAUCUUGGACAAAAAACCCCACAAUUUCAGAAGGCAGAGAUACCUUUACUUACCCCAAGCCUGUUAUGAUUACAACUUUCAGCUGCAUGUUUGGAGAGAGGAGGAAGGGAGGAAUGUAAUGUCUGACUGAGUAUCAGAAAAGAAGCAGCAAUGUUAGCUGAGGUCUGCAAGUGUGCUUCUGGAUUUGGCUUAGGAUGGUGGGAAAGGGGCCUUUGGCUGACUAAACUGCAGUGCCUCAGAGGAUGGCUGAUUCUCUCCAUCACUUUUUGCUGUCCUGUAUCCAGGGUAAUUUGUUUUAUGCAGUCACUGUAAGCUAUCCUCUUUAAAAACAAAAUGAAAAAAUAACAACCCAGGUUGUGUUGAUGGUGCUCAAAAAACUCAAUCAAGUCCUUUGUCAGAAGACUGUCUAGUCUGGCAGUGGCACACCAGAAUCAAUUGCUGGAAGCUGAAGAUGAACUAGUAAGUUGGAGUUGGUGCAAAUAAAUAUAAUUGCUUCAACAUACAACUAAAGAAAAAAUGAAUUCUUCUCUAAAAUUGAAAUCCUUUUUGAAAGUGUUACUGGGACAACACAGAUCAUUGCAGAGAAGGGG